CAUCAAUGGACAAACACGUUUUGUCGUGUGAUAAGUACUGAUAUAACAUUAUUGGUACGAGGUGGUGGCACCCAAUGGGCAAGUAGUGUGAUGAAGCCCUAACCCAGGUUGGCGCAUGUGGUGUUUUUCGUCGUACGGAAUAGUGGCUGUCCUGAUCUCCGUGUCACGAGCAAAGCUCGCGGCGGAAGGCCCAAGCGCAGAUCUAGAAAUGGAAUGACAACCAUAUCAGAGCCAAUGAGGGUGCCAGAUGGGCCGUCACCCUACCAUCUUCAGGAACAGCUUGCACAAACCCGAGUGGGAGCCCGUGAAGCCAUCGAGAGGAUAGGCAGGGCGUACAUUCGACAGUACUUAACAGAUCAAGCCAAGGACUUCUACAACGAACUACCGUUCCUCAACUUGGGAACGAGGGCGCCGGAUGGCAGCAUAUGGGCUACCGCGCUCUGCGGCAAGCCCGGCUUCAUACGGGCAACAGACGACCACCACUUUGCUGUGGACCUGAAGCAGAUGUACGGAGACCCAGUGAAAUUUGCAGAGGGCGACAUGAUAGGCUCUGUGGGUGUCAUGCUGCACAACCGGCGCAGAAACAGGCUCAACUGCCUCGUGGAGUCCCUGCAGCCGGGCGCAUGCACGCUCAAGGUCCUGCAGAGCUUUGGGAACUGCCCAAAGUACAUACAAGGUAUUUGUCUUCCUCUUCUCAGCUGCUAUGCUCAGCCAGUGCAGUUCCACAUGUUCAGUAUUAUGUGUGCAUCCUCAUUAAAACAUGUCUAUGUUGUGCCCUACAGGUCCGACACUAUCUUCCUGGCAACAGGCUUUAACGGCAUCGGCGAUGGUGCUGAUGGCAUGAAUGGCUGUGACUGCAAUCACCGGGGCGGAGUUCCUGGAUUUGUACAGGUUUCAGGCGAUGGCACACUCACUUGCCCUGACUAUGUGGGCAACAACAUGUUCUGCAGUCUGGGCAAUAUCACAGCAGACUCUCGCGCGGGCAUCCAGUUCAUUGACUUCUCGACUGGCGACUCCCUGCAGCUGACUGGGCAUGGGAGGGUCCUAUGGGAUGAGCGCGCCCUACCAGGUGAUCCACUCUUAUUAGAAUGGUGCUCAUUUCACUGUAUCUGGCAAGUUAUUCUGCUUUUCCUAUCUGGAGACACACGCAUGGAGGAUGGACUUGGCACUACAAGAGACCCCAGAUACCCAGGAAUUAAUUAG